AUGCUUUGCUCAGUAUACAGCCGAGUCCUCAGGGGCUCGCCACUGGCUUUGUCUUCUCUAGGCCGCCAGCCUCUCCCAGCAGCAGCAGCAGCAGCAGCAACUGCAGCAGCAGCAACUGCAGCAGCAGCACACCAUGCAGCAGCAGCAACUGCAGCAGCAGCAACAAACGUAGCAGCAUCAAGCCUAUCGUUUGCACCGUACAGAACAGGAGGAUCAGCCAUAGCUGCAGUACCAGCAGCAGCAGCAGCAGCAGCAAGAGCAGCACCAGCACCAGCAGCAGCAGCAGCAGCAGCAGCAGCAGCAGCUGUGCGGGGGUUCGCUAGUAUAACAGCCAACGAAGCGAGGCAAGGAAAUUUGCUUCUUAUAGAUGGUCGGCGAGUGGAGGUGACGGAGUUUCGCUUAAUAAAGUCUGGUCGAGGGGCGGCGUCUGUCUCAGUAUGA